GGACGAUACGAGAUCGGCAUCAGGCAACAUCAAGCAACAUCAAGCAGAACCAGGCAGAACCAGGCAGAGCCAGGCAGAACCAGGCAGCGUCAGAGCAAGACCGAGUGCUGCACGCCCGAGAGCCUGAACCAACAAGUAGCCCCCUCCUCGCACAGCACCGCAUACCCACGGCAUCCAUGUCCGACGCCAAAGACAGCCGUCCCUCGUCUGGACGCAAAUCCUUUGGAUCGCAGCCAGAGGCGAGCCCCAAAGCCAAGGGCAGCCAACCCCCCAAACAGAAGAGGGAUGUAAAGGCCCAGCCCAAGCCCAAUCGACACCUUCAAGCGUCCAAGAAAUACGAUCGAAACCCAACGCCCCACGCCCUCCCGCUCAAGAAUAUCGAAGAUCGCAAGCUGAAGGGUACGCUCAAGAAGACUUUCAAGCGAUUCGAAGAUGCGUCAAUCAAAGCUGCUCAGUCCGAGCUGCUGCUGCCAGAGGAGGCUGGCUACCUCGAGGCCGAAGGGAUGGAGCGAACCUUCAAGUUCACACAGGACGAGAUCUCCAAGCACGUAGACAUCAACACCUCUGCAAAGAUGUUUGAUUUGCAGCUCCCCGACUUUGGCCCCUAUGCUAUGGACUACACUCGCAACGGCCGACACAUUUUAAUCGGAGGCCGAAAAGGCCAUGUGGCCACCUUUGAUUGGAAAACAGGACGUCUUGGCUGCGAACUUCAUUUGAAAGAAACCGUUCGGGACGUCAAGUGGCUUCACAACGAGACCAUGUUUGCUGUGGCUCAGAAAAAGUACACAUACAUCUAUGACAACACCGGCCUCGAAAUCCACUGUCUGCGCAAGCACAUCGACGUCAACAAGCUCGAUUUCUUGCCGUACCACUUUCUAUUGGUGUCGGUGGGAACCCCGGGCUGGAUUCUGUAUCAGGAUACUUCGACUGGCAAGCUCGUGGCUGAAUGGCGGACUAAGCUCGGGCCUUGCAAUGCCCUGGCGCAAAAUCCGUACAACGGAAUCAUGACUCUGGGUCACUCAAAUGGCACUGUGACGAUGUGGUCGCCGACGAUGAGCGAACCUUUGGUCAAGAUGCUGUGCCAUAAGGGCCCGGUUCAAGCAAUUGCAGUCGAUCGCGGCGGAUACUAUAUGGCCACCUCUGGCCUGGAUGGACAAAUGAAGAUCUGGGAUAUUCGGACAUACAAGUGCCUAAACGAGUAUUUUACAGCCACGCCGGCAUCCACACUCAGCAUCAGUCAGAAGGGCUUGCUGGCUGUGGGCUACGGACCCAACAUCCAAGUCUGGAAAGACGCCUUUAUCACAAAGCAAAAGGCGCCGUACAUGACCCACUUGAUGCCAGGCUCGGUCGUCCAGGAUCUCAACUUUUGCCCAUAUGAAGAUGUGCUCGGUAUCGGACACAGCAGGGGCAUCUCGAGCAUCGUCAUUCCAGGAUCAGGCGAGCCCAACUUUGACACCUUCGAAGCAAACCCCUACCAAACAAAGAAGCAGCGACAAGAGUCGGAAGUCCACAGCCUGCUGGACAAGCUCCAGCCCGAGACCAUUGCCCUGAAUCCCAACUUUGUCGGCGCCGUCGAUCGCGCCCCCAAAGAGGUCAUUGUGGAGGAGCAACGACUUGAGUACGAGGCCAACCAUCCCCAGGAGAAGUUCCAGCCCAAACUGAAAAAGCGAGGCAAGUCGUCGUCCAUGAGGCGGUACUUGCGCAAACAGACCAAUGUGAUUGAUGGAAACAAGACGAAACUACGCGAGAGACUUGAGAAGGAAAAGCAAGAGCGCGCUGCCAAUAUCAAGCGACAGCGCGGCGAGGCCGAACCGGAAAAGUCAUAUGAUCCGCUUGCCCGCUUUGCCAAGAAAGCCAAGAUCUAGACCAUGGCCAACGGCCAGACGCCUGUCUUCCGCGUUGCUGCCGUCAGACUUUAUUGCUAGAUCGGUGAU